GAUUGUUGUGAUGCCGAAAUAGUAAAGGGUGUGUUCUCUCCCUCCCUCUCCCCCCACAAAAAUCCGCACUCCUCUACAAAAACCCAAUCCCCUCCUCUCCCGAGUCCGUUAAACCCUACUCCAAUACCUUAUCCUCUCCUCCUCAUCAACAAACGCUUCACCCCGCAGCAACCGCAUCGAUGGCUUCCUCCACCUGUUCCCUCCACUUCCUCUCUCUAACCCCCAACUCCCUCUCUCUCCCCUCCUCCAAACCCACAUCGCUCUCCCUCCUUUCCUCUCUCAGGACAUAUCCCAGCAAGUCCAUUUCCAUUUCUCACUCACCCUCGCCUUCUCGGUUCGCACGAAACGUAGCCGUUUCUUCCGACUUUGAGCGGGACGAGGAACUGAGCGAGGAAGAGGUACCCAACUUCUCGCCUGACCUCAAGCUGUUCGUGGGGAACUUACCCUUUAACGUUGACAGUGCCACUCUUGCUGGGUUGUUCGAACGAGCUGGAAAUGUCGAGAUGGUUGAGGUUAUAUAUGACAAGAUGACUGGAAGAAGCCGAGGGUUUGGCUUUGUGACAAUGUCCACUGUUGAGGAGGUUGAGGCAGCUGCUCAGCAAUUUAAUGGCUAUGAACUUGAGGGCAGGCCAAUGAGGGUGAAUUCUGGACCUCCUCCUCCUCGGAGGGAAGAAUCUUCUUUUAGAGGGUCCAGGGGUGGUUAUGAGGAUUCCAACGGAGGGUCCAGGGGUGGUUAUGAGAACAGAGGGUCCAGAGGUGGGUUUAAUAGCAAUAGAGGUGGUUUUGAUAACUCCAGCGGAGGUUCCCGGGGUGGUGCAAGUUUUGGUGACAGCAAUAAGGUUUAUGUGGGCAACCUUUCAUGGGGUGUUGAUGAUUUAGCACUGGAGACAUUGUUUAGAGAGCAAGGAAAUGUUAGGGAAGCCAGGGUAAUUUAUGACAGAGACAGCGGUAGAUCAAAGGGUUUCGGGUUCGUCACCUUUAGUUCUGCAAAUGAGGUUAACAACGCGAUUGAAUCGUUGGAUGGUGCUGACCUAGAUGGGAGACAAAUUCGAGUAAGCGUGGCUGAAGCUAGGCCAAAGCGUGAGUUUUGAUGAUUGAAUCUGCGAGCUUCUUCAACUAGUAACACACUUGGGUUUCCAGUGACCAUACGGCUGCAAUCUUUUGUUGUUUUCACCAAGUUUUGAAGAAUGUGCUCCUUUCGACAUAGUAAUCGACUAAUCAUGCAUGAGAUCUGUGCAACCAGAUGAACAAAGCCCGCAAAUUUGUUGAAGCAGACAAGAUAGUAAUGUGUAAUCCAUAUCUUUUUUUGCUUUUUCGAUGGAGUAGGUGCAUGAAUUGUUGAAUCAUUUGGCUUUUCGUUAGUUGUAGUGCAGAAACUUUGUGAUUGUUGAAUUAUGAUCCAGGGAAAAUGUGAAUCCGCAUGCACCCUGAUUGGCUUUGUUUUGCAUAA